AUGCGCAUCUGCUAUGAACAACCGCGCUCUGUACCGCAGCCUUGCGCUGAGCCGACACACCCACGCCCAUCAACGAGCCAGUCGGUAAGCCGACAUGUCUCACAGUGGGUGUCCAGCAGCCGUGAAUUUGCCGCACGUGCUUCAUCUCGCGGCAGCAUCUCAACCCUCACACGGCCCAGUCGCUCGCGAGCCCGGCCUACCAUUGGCCGUCCUACCGACUUUCGGCACUUUGAUGGCCUUGAUGACAUUCCGUCUAUGCUCAACGAUGCAUCUAUGCCUGUCCGUCGUCGUCGCAGCUUUCGCCCUCUUGAACUCUCCAUCUACCUGCCCGAUGGCUGUGGCAACCUUUCUCCACUGCCAGACUUUGCUGAUGAAGAGACCUGGGUCAACUUGCCUUCGCACCUCACGCAUCCCGAAGAAGCACACGUCCGCGAAAGAGACUCGCGUACUAACUCUGUGUCUGAGGAACCCGCCUCUACUUCGUAUCUGAUUCAGCGCAAGCCUGUUGCCAACUCCAGACGCAGCAGCGUACAGAGCCAGCGCAGCACAGUCACGCACGAGAGGAGACUAUCCGGGACGACCAUGGGAACAAUGGCCACGCCCACCCUGGCUCUCUUGCCCGAAAACUCGCACGUCUCUGAUCAACCACAUGAAAAGCCCUCCAUCCGACGUUCCAACACCUCCGGUACAGCAUCGCCGGCGCGCGUCCUCUCGCAUCUUCCUUCGCCAUCUCGUGCUCGUGCAAACACGGCGCCUUCUCGACCUGGCAGUAUUCGCCGUACAAAGACCGAUGUGGACGACGCCAUCCGCGAACUAAACACCAUCAUCGAAGAACGUCGCGCUAGCGCAUACCGAUCGCGCACACAGUCCCCUACCUUGACCAAUCGACCCCCUCCCUCGCCAUCGCAUCACGUGCCUUACCUUGCGCCCUCGAUGCGAAUGCACGUGCGCUCCGAGACGCUUUCUGAUAUCGGCUCCGCGUUUUCGGCUCCACUACUCACGAAACCUCUGCCAGCAACACCUGAAAUCAUCACUCCAGUCAGACGCACUACCACCGGUCUCACCCUCACCCCGUCACUCCUACAAUACACUGGACCCCUGAACUCCAACCCCGUCACCCCGCCUCCUGCUACCACACCCACGACGCCCAUUGCCCGUCUAGGGGCUUGGAUCAAGCGCUCGACUUCUUCACUAGCUCUCAGCUCCCGGCCUGAGACCCCCAAGACUGCAAACUCAUUCUACAAGUGUGAAAUUCAGCCUGCCCUCCCUACUUCCAGCUCGAGACCCUCAACAGCAGAAUCGCGUAGAUUGCACACGCGUCAGGACUCUCAGGAAAGCAACGGCACAGCUACCUCCCUCUCCUCCAUCGCCUCGUCAACCCCACCAAGAAAACUAAGGCGUGUUCCCGCGCCCCUGACCUUUGUCAAGGACAAGGAAAUCGCAAUCGAGCCCGAGCUCCUCACCGCACGCAGCACCCGCAGUAUCAUGAACGCCAAGCCACCCAUGAGCCCAAACUCUGAUCUCCUCAAGGGCAUGGAAAUUGCUGCCAAAGAUGUCGGCAUCCACGCACGUUACAGCCUAAUGGCGCGUACAUCCACGGCUGUCGGUAUGGCGUUUUAG